GAACGGUCUUGCAGCCCAGACGCACGUGUUUUGAAAACGUUUACAAUUAAUUGCGAUUCAGCCUCCAUUGCCCUCAGUGAAGCAACAAGCCGAGAGGUUGCAUUUAAUUAAAUUCCUAUUGAAACUCCAAAGAAACUAACUUCAAAAUGACCGAAGAAGUGAACCCCAAGGCAUUCCCGCUGGCCGAUGCCCAACUGACGGCCAAAAUCAUGAACUUGCUGCAGCAGGCCCUAAACUACAACCAGCUGCGCAAGGGCGCCAACGAGGCCACCAAGACUCUGAAUCGUGGUUUGGCCGACAUCGUUGUCCUGGCCGGCGACACCGAGCCCAUUGAGAUCCUUCUCCACCUCCCGCUGCUAUGCGAGGACAAGAACGUGCCCUAUGUGUUUGUGCGCUCCAAGCAGGCUCUGGGACGCGCCUGUGGAGUCUCGCGUCCAAUUGUCGCCUGCUCGGUGACCACCAACGAGGGCAGCCAGCUCAAGUCUCAGAUCACCUCGAUCCAGCAGGAGAUUGAGAGACUGCUAGUCUAAGAUUAUAGCAUAAGUGAAUAAGUACAAAGUCAAAUAAAUCUGUAUUUUUCAAAUUAAAAUUUAAUUCAA